AUGAACAAUGAAGAUUUCUAUUUGAAUGUUGAUGUGAUUCUGAAGCAUACUGGUUGUAGCACUAGUUCAAGGUCUUUGUCUCGUUCUAAUUCUGGUUGUAGCAGUAGUUCUGGUGUUAGUACUUCAAACUCUUUUGUAAGUGAAAGUCCUAAGCUUGUAAGGGUGGUCGAUCAUGACGCGGACAAGUCCAAGCCUCUCAUUAUCGAUGAAUGGCGUUAUGUUUUUGACAAUAUUGGUAGAGAAUUUGUGGGUGGUGUUAAAGCUGUAAGGAUUGCUGUUGAUCAAUACAAGAUGUGUACUGGUUACAAGAUUCUUAUUCUUAAAAACGACAAGACUCGUUUUACUGCGAAGUGCGAAGAAGAUGGUUGUGGUUGGAGAAUUCACUUUGGGCCUGUGAAUGGUGAUAUUUCUCGGUUUGUGAUGAAAGAUUCUAACGUUAUUCACAGUAUACAGGGUGAUCCCACUUUAAAACCCAAACAGAUCAUGUCACUCUUUAAGAAGAUUUAUGGGUCCAAUAUUAAGUAUCACCAUGCCCGUAGAGGGAAAGAAGCUAUAUUUGAAGAUCAAUAUGGUGACGACGAGAAGUCGUAUAGCGAUUUAAAUUGGUAUGUGAAAGCCAUUGAGCAAACUAAUCCUGAUAGAUUUGUGAAACUUGAAGUUGAUGAAGAAACUGGAAGAUUUAAGAGGAUUUUCAUCUGUUUCGGUGCUUGCAAGCAUAACUAUAGGUAUCUCAGGCCCAUGAUUUACUUGGAUGCUACUUUCCUCAUUGGUAGAUUCAUGGGUACUUUGAUGGCUGCAACAUGUGUCAAUGGAAAUGAUGGUUUUUACCCAUAUGACUUUGCUAUUGUUUUAUCUGAAAACAAAGACAAUUGGUUUUGGUUUCUGGAUAAUCUUCAAAAAGUGGUCGAUGAUCGUCCGAUUGUUUUCCUUAGUGAUCGUCACGAAGGACUUCUGCAGGGCAUUCCAAGAGCAUUUCCUGGUUCAUACCACAUCUAUUGCUUUUACCACAUAAAGUGCAAUCUUCCUAUUGGAAAAGGUGAUGCAAAGUACAAUGUCGUUAUUAAUUUGUUUUACAAAGCUUCUUACUCUUACACAGCAACGAACUUUGAACGAGCUUUGCGGGGCAUGCAUGCAAUUGGUUGUGGACAUGUUGCUAAUUAUCUCAGGACCAUUCCAAAGGAUAAAUGGGAAAAUGCAUUUUUCCCUGUAUGCAGAUAUGCUGCUCACUCUUCAUAUAUUGCCGAGUCAUUCAAUAACUGGAUUCUUGAGUUCAAAAAGCUGCCUGCUUUUGCUCUUCUCGAUGCGAUACGUUUGAAGGUUAUUCAAAUGAAUUCUAAGAGAAGUGUAGAAGGUCUUGAAAAUUUUAACACUAGGCUCACUCUCGUAUACGAGGAUUUACUAAACGAGAACAUCAACAUUGGUCGUACUUGGACUGUUGUUGAGUCUAUGGAAAGAUUGUAUGAAGUCAGGUCUCCCCGCACUCAUUAUGUAGAUAUGUUGGAGAGAACUUGUACGUGUCACAGGUGGAAAACAUACCAAGAGAUCAUCUUGCCAAUCCCCAAUUAUGACAAGCCGCAGUCUUAUGAUCCUAGUGAUAGGACUAUUGUUCCUAUUCUUGUGCCUCCACCCGGUAGACGAAGAGAACAGCGUUUCAAGAAGGCUUGGGAGAAGCAAAAGAGGCCUAUGAUGUGCACAAAGUGCUUUACUCUUGGUCACCACAACAGAGCUACCUGCCCCAUGCCUUGA